UGAGUAGGAACUGGCCGGCUUAUUCUCUGCUGAUGUUUGUUGUUGAUUGCGUAAAGGGUUAAAUAUAUUUUUAAUUUAUUUCCACUGUGUAUGGCCGGUGCGGGACAUGUGCGAGCGCGGAUCCGCCGAUAAUCGCCAAUCGACGUUAUCGCGUCCGUCGCGCUGUCCGCCGGCGCCGCUCCAUCUCGACCACGCUCAUUCCAACCCUGGGACGCGACACAGCCGCCCGUCUGCACCUCAUCCUGAUGUUGUAUCCGCAUAUACUACCAUCACUGACUUACUUCAAUUAAACACUACAAAUUAAAUAUUCUGCACGACUGGGAAUUGAAAAUCGUGCACAAUGUUUUGUGACGGUUCCAGUCCGCUUCUCGACGAAGCGCUCCUCAACGACCAACUGCUAUUUGAAUACUCGCCGGCGGAAAGCCUCAUAAACUUUGAGCUUCCGUCAUUGGACUCAGAUGGCGACUGGCAACUUAGUGACUUGGAUCUCAAUUGUGAUAGUUUUGUAAACAGUGUUAGUGACUUAAACAAGGACGCUUCUAACAGUUGCAACAUCCUCGAUGGAUCAGUUUUCGAUUUUGCUGAACUCGAUAAGAGUAUAAUUGACGAAUAUCUCCUUGAAGCAUUGAGCAGUGAUCUCUCCAAUGACUCACCACAUUCUCCACAGUCAGGAACAGACUCUUCAUUAAGCAACGAGUCUAUUUGUGCUCUGGAGACACACGACUAUGUCACAGUAAAUAAAACUUGGCCGAGCAAUACGCGAGUGUAUGAGAAGACCGAUGUGAAAGUUCGCUCGUUCGGAGAACCAAAGUUUUGUCAAGAGCUGGGUGCGUUUCGUUGUCCUGUGGAGGAUUGUGGCAAAUUGUACGCAAAGGCGUCUCACGUGCGUGCUCACCUCCGGCGACAUAGUGGUGAGAAGCCGUACCGGUGUACGUGGGGAGGUUGUUCGUGGAGGUUCGCGCGCUCGGACGAGCUGGCGCGACACCGGCGCAGCCACUCGGGAGACAAGCCGUACAGGUGCGGAGAGUGCGGCAAACGGUUCGCUCGGUCCGACCACCUCGCCAAGCACGGGCGGGUGCACGCUCGCCGCGCCGCCGCCGCCGCUGCUGCUGCCGCCAGCAGGAGAGCUGCCUCAGCACCGCUCGGACAUCGGAGAUCCACGAGGGGAAUGUUACUACUAUGAUUAGUAGGCGCAAGAUAUUUGUGAUGACUAGACAGAUAGACUUGAAGUCUCAUACAAUUUCGGUUAGUACUUAGAAGCUUUGGAUCCAGGAGGUACUUAUCGAAUUUCGUCAUCACUUUGAAGACUGACUUCGUUCUUAUAUUUGGAGAACAUUAAAGACGCUCGGCCUUGGAAAGGCUGAUUAGGUCACUUUUACUAUAAAUCGGAGUGUAAGCUCAGAAUAGAUACCUAAGUACUUAAUUAAAGCCCAAAAUUAUCUUAACUCAUAAAGUACAUAAGUAUUUUAACACUAGAUAUUUAAAUACAAGAAUCUAUACCAAAUAUUGACUGUGAAUCCUUGAAUGAAAUGUUUGUAAAUAUAAUUUUAAGUUUAUGAAGCAAUAUUACUUGAUUGUACCAAAUAAUAAAAAAUCUAGUUUGAUAAAUUAUGUAAAUAUUAGUGCUAAGAAUGUUAUGCUUGUUUACGUUUCAAAUUUCAAUAAUACCAAUAUUAAAAAAAUAAGUAAUAAAAAUGGAAAUUUAUUGAAAUUGA